UUCAAGCGUCACAUCUUUGUCAGUGCACAAAAUGGCAUCCUACUGCUUGACCGUCUCCAGGCUUCAGCUGGUCCUAGGCCAUGGAGUUCGACGGCUCCAUGUGACUGCGGCUCUCAGUGCCAAAGCCAAGGUGGCAAUGAGCCGUUUUGAGCCCAACUCCUACAUCAACUAUGAUAAACUCCAGUCCAAUGUCAAUAUUGUGCGCAAAAGGCUGGACAGGCCACUUACACUUUCUGAGAAGAUUGUCUAUGGACAUCUGGAUGACCCGGCACGCCAGGAGAUUGUUCGCGGACGCACGUACUUGCGUCUGCGUCCAGACAGGGUGGCAAUGCAAGAUGCAACAGCACAGAUGGCCAUGCUGCAGUUUAUCAGUAGUGGACUCCCAAAAGUGGCUGUACCAUCCACCAUCCACUGUGAUCACCUUAUCGAGGCUCAGCUAGGAGGAGCCCAGGACUUGCAACGAGCAAAGGAAGUGAAUCAGGAAGUUUACAACUUCCUUGCCAGUUCAGGAGCUAAAUACGGGGUUGGUUUCUGGAAACCCGGUUCAGGGAUCAUCCAUCAGAUUAUUUUGGAAAAUUAUGCCUACCCUGGAGUAAUGUUGAUUGGUACGGACUCCCACACCCCUAAUGGUGGUGGAUUGGGCAGCAUCUGCAUUGGAGUAGGUGGAGCUGAUGCAGUGGAUGUCAUGGCAGGAAUUCCAUGGGAGCUUAAGUGUCCAAAGGUUAUUGGUGUAAAAUUGACAGGCAGUCUGUCAGGUUGGACCUCACCAAAGGAUGUUAUCCUGAAAGUGGCUGGCAUCCUCACAGUAAAAGGUGGCACUGGUGCUAUUGUGGAGUAUCAUGGUCCUGGGGUUGAUUCCAUCUCCUGUACAGGAAUGGCUACCAUCUGUAAUAUGGGUGCUGAAAUUGGUGCCACAACCUCAGUCUUCCCAUACAAUCACCGCAUGAGGACGUACUUGGAGAAGACAGGACGUGCAGAAAUUGCCAGUCUGGCUGAUGAGUACAAAGAUUUGCUCGUUCCUGACGCUGGCUGUGAAUAUGACCAGGUGAUUGAGAUUAACCUGAAUGAGCUGAAGCCACACAUCAAUGGUCCCUUCACUCCUGACUUGGCCCACCCAGUGUCUGAAAUCGGCUCUGUCGCAGAGAAGAAUGGAUGGCCAUUAGAGGUUAAAGUUGGUCUGAUUGGAAGCUGUACCAACUCGAGUUAUGAAGAUAUGGGUAGAGCUGCUUCAUUGGCCAAGCAGGCUCUAGAUAAGGGGCUCAAGUGCAAAGCCAUGUUCACAGUCACCCCUGGCUCUGAGCAGAUUCGUGCUACCAUUGAGAGAGACGGUUAUGCUAAGAUACUCAGUGAUGUUGGAGGAGUUGUACUGGCCAAUGCUUGUGGACCCUGCAUCGGACAGUGGGACAGGAGAGAUGUUAAGAAAGGAGAGAAGAACACCAUAGUCACAUCCUUUAAUAGGAACUUCACAGCUCGGAAUGAUGCCAAUCCUGCCACCCAUGCAUUCGUCACUUCUCCAGAGAUUGUUACUGCUCUUGCCAUUGCGGGUACACUGAAAUUCAACCCUGAGGUUGACUAUCUCACAGCUUCCAACGGAGAGAAGUUUAAGCUGCAGCCCCCUACAGGAGACGAGUUGCCUGCACGUGACUUUGACCCAGGCCAGGACACGUAUCAACAUCCCCCAGCUGAUGGCUCUGGCCUCAAAGUGGAUGUCAAUCCACAGAGCAAUCGCCUGCAGCUGCUCGAGCCCUUUGAUAAGUGGAACGGCAAAGACUUGGAGGAUCUGCAAGUGCUCAUAAAGGUAAAGGGCAAAUGCACCACUGACCAUAUUAGUGCUGCUGGACCGUGGCUGAAAUUCCGUGGUCAUUUGGACAACAUUUCAAACAAUUUGCUUAUUGGAGCUGUAAACAUUGACAAUGAUGCAGUUAAUAAGAUUCGCAAUCAGCUGACUGGUGAAUUUGGUGCUGUACCUGAUGUUGCUCGCAAUUACAAGAAAAAUGGUGUUUCCUGGGUUGUGGUGGGUGAUGAGAACUAUGGUGAGGGAUCCAGCAGAGAACAUGCUGCUUUAGAGCCCAGGCAUCUUGGAGGCAGGGCCAUCAUUGUCAAGAGCUUUGCCAGAAUUCAUGAAACAAACUUGAAGAAACAAGGCCUGCUUCCCCUUACCUUCGCUAACCCUACUGAUUAUGACAAAAUCCGCCCAGAUGACAAAAUAUCCAUCGUAGGUCUCCAGACGUUUGCCCCAGGAAAGCCUCUACAUGCUGUAAUCAAGCACAAGGAUGGCAGCAAGGAAACUAUUGAGCUAAACCACACUUUCAACGAGACUCAGAUCGAAUGGUUUCAGGCAGGCUCUGCCCUAAACAGGAUGAAGGAGCUGCAGUAAUUAAGGACUGUUUAUGAAGAAAGGGCAAGGAUCUACACAUGCAGAAGAUUUGUGCAGCAUUCAAGUAUUCCGCAGACAUAUUUGUAAUUUGUUAUGGCAGAAAUUAAAUUCACUCCACUCAGUUAUUACAUUGUGUAUGAUUGACGUGUAUGUAUCCAAUUAAGCAAUCAGUAUUGCCUCAAUACGGCAUACAAUCACAAUAAAUGAAUACAUAGGCACAAAAUAUGAGGAGCAUAGCAGUGGUGAUAAAUUCUGUGUGAUUUAAAUGGUUGUUUAAAAGUGCAUGGAGAUUUUAUUAUUUUUUUUCCCUUCUGUUGCGUUUCAGUUUGUUUCAUGCAAUUAGGCAAUUGUUUUCUGUUUGAUUUCCACUUGAUCUAAUAUAAAGUCCAGUGAUUUCAUCAGAUCAGCAACAGUUACAUCUUUACUCUUCCCUGUGUUUGUCAUGCUAAUCAGAUAAACAGGGAAAUAGGCUUGUGAAUCAUGUUCUGUAAUAACUAUCUGUGGUAACCCUCAUAACUGUAACUGUAACCCUCAUAGUUUUAAGGUUGCCAUAGGCAAAAAAGUGCUCUUGAUUUUACUUCCAUUUCAAUGUAAUGGGUGAAGAUUUGGUUGUCUAUGCUGCCUCACAGGUUCAACCAAACCUUCAACUCUAAUGUAUAUACAGUCUGUCAUUACUUUGUGAUUCACAUUACAAAAAUGCUUAUUUAUUACCACUAGCAAAGAAAGGCAAAUAUCCAUGAAAUUAAAAUACCUGAAACUUGAUUAAAAUCUUGGCUAUAUUCA